AUGAAAAUAAUCAACAUUUUUAUUUUCAUUUGUGCCUUUUUGGUCGCAUCCAGUUUGGCCGCUCCUAGCAAACUACCUCUUCCCUUGUCUGUGCAGCUGAGCCAUUCUCAGUUGAUAAGCGGACCAACUUUGGGCAACCUCUCCGAUGCUCGCAUAGUGGGCGGUGUUUUGGCUACCGAAGGAGAAGUCCCCCACCAGAUAGCUCUUUUGCGGAACGGCGGCAUGUGGUGCGGAGGGUCGCUCAUUGGCCCUCGAACAGUUCUCACAGCAGCCCAUUGCGUGUUUGGCUCUGAGAGUCGGCCAUCCAUUUUCAAGGUUCGCUACUCAACCCUGGACAACACAAAAGGUUUUGAUUUGGCAGUCAGCAAAAUAAGCCGUCACCCAAACUACUCCUCUGCCACUGUUGACUACGACCUGGCCAUUCUCACUUUGGAGGCGCCUUUCACGCCCAGCACCACCGCCGCUGUGAUAGCGCUCGCCGAGAAGACGCCCUCUGAGGGCACACUGAUCACGGUGACUGGAUGGGGACGACUGGCUGCCGGCGGCGCCUACCCCACAAAGCUCCAGAAAGCCGACACUCUGAAGGUGAUGAGUCGAGCGGAGUGCGCCAGCAUUUGGGUUCCACUCGGGGCUAGCAUCACCGAGCAGAUGUUCUGUGCCAUCUCCAAGACACAGUCGUCCUGCAAUGCUGACUCAGGUGGGCCGGCAACGCACAACGGCCUUCUGCUUGGAGCGGUCUCCUGGGGGUCGUCCAGUUGUCUGCACGCCACUCAUCCUAAUGUUUACGCUGAUGUGGCUAGCCUUCGCGAAUGGAUUGUUGAUCAAAUUCUCUAA